AUGCCAGUGUGUGUGCACUGCGCACGCCCUGUGCCCUCGCUAUUGGUCAAGUAUGGCGCUGGGCACAUGGCUCUAGCACGAUGUGGUCAACUCAGCGUGGAGGGAUGCGGCAAGCUGGCCGACCCGUACUUGGAGCAUGGCUAUGCUGUGCUGGUCAUUGAUCUGAUCCUUGUAAAGCCUCGCGUCUAUCGACAUAUGUUAUACAAUAUGGCCGAACGUGGCUCACAUACCCCGUCGACUAUCCCUGUGAAUAUACAUCUGCGUCGCUGGGCGGCUCUCGUGCUUAUGGAAAGUUAUUUGGCCUGGUUUUCACUUUGUAUUUACCCAUUUGUGAUGGCCGAACAGGACAUUCAUCAACUAGCUAUGGCAUCCCCCCGCGAUACAUGGCUUGCGAAGCGACACCCUCUUUUGCUGGGCGCUUCUCGUGUGCUGGUAGCCACAUCGCUGCGCAUGUUUGCCUUGCAUGCUACAUUGAUCUUGGGCGGCCUUGUGCUGCAAUGGUCCUGGAUGAAAUGGACACGGCGGAAUAGAUAUUGGGCCUUGUAUGCUUGGCACUUACCUUCUGUCGCUAUGUUUUAUGCCCAUAUCGGUGUGGUGUUAUUACUAGCUCUGCGACUCGUUUGGGAUUCCAAGCUGCCUAGAGAUCGGCGGCAGCAACGCACCCAGAGUUGGCAGAAGGAAACACUUUGGCCCAGUGACUGGCCUCUCUUCUCACAGAAUACGCCAGCUUGGCCUUUCGUGGAAUGGAACACGGAGUGGAUCAUUCGCAAUAUGAUCGGAGGUAUGAGCGCCGGUGUCGCUUUGGCUGCUGUGUUUCCCAUGCACCCGAUCGCUGGCGCCAUGGUGGUCCUUGCUGGCUUCUCUGUGCAGGAAGCUGUGCGUCAGGCCAUCGAGGCCUGGGCGGGCAUGCCGAGCUCGUCCCUCCAUGCGUUGUCGUCGUACUGCUUCCAUGGCUACGUUUAA